AUGUUUACGACGCUGGAUUUAGCUUCAGGUUACUGCCAAGUCGAAGUGCGUCCCUCUGAUAGGGAAAAGACCGCCUUCGCGGUCCCCUCCGGAAUCUAUGAGUUCGAGAUUAUGCCCUUCGGCCUAACCAACGUCCCCAGCACUUUUCAGAAGUUAAUGAAUCAGGUCCUUGCACAGCUACUUCCAACCUCGUGCCUAGUCUACAUUGAAAAUAUAAUUGUCCUCAGAAAGGACUUUGAUAGCCACCCUAAGAAUAUCAGGGCUGUGUUUAACAGUCUCCGGCGGGCAGGUUUGACCCUGAAACCAUCCAAAAGUGUUUUCAUAAAACCACGCGUGAAGUUCUCAGGUCAUGUGGUCUCGGCCGCGGGGAUAGAGACUGAUGAAGAAAGGGUCACACAAAUCCCUGAGUGGUCCACUCCCGCAGACGUGACCAAGUUCCGCAGCUUUCUGGGCCUCGCCUCCUAUUACGGGCGAUUUAUCAAAGACUACGCCCAAAUCGCCGGGCCGCUCCACAAGCUGACGCAGAAAAACGUCCAGUUUAAGUGGACUGCUAACUGCACAAAUAGCUUCCAGACGCUGAAGGAUAAACUAUGUUCCACUCCAAUCCUAGUCUUUCCUGAUAUUAGUCAUGAUGCUGGGAAGUUCACCUUGGAUACCGAUGCCAGCGACACGGCUAUAGGCGCCGCCCUGUCUCAGCAACAACGUGACGGCACCGAACGUGUCAUCCAGUAUCUUAGUCGCACACUUACCAAAGCCGAGCGGCGCUAUUGUGUCACCCGCAAAAAGAGGUGCUCGCACUUACGCAUUUUGUUGAGGAGUGUUGACCCUAUCUGCAGUACCGGCCGUCAAAAAUCAUUCUAUGAUUGCCUAGCAGAUAGGACCACAUACCAGGAAGGAGACAUCCUGUGGAUGCGAAAUUUCAAUGCGUCGCCGGGUGUACCUCCGAAAUUUAACUCAGCAUGGAUAGGCCCGUAUGUAGUUAGAAAGGUCCUCUCCGACACGACUUGCGUCGUUCGCAGCCAGGAAAGGCCAUACUCGGAAGAGUUUACAGUACAUUUAAACCGUUUAAAGCCAGGUCCAUCGACAGAGGAGGACACAGAUCGUGCCGACCCGGGGGCCGGCCCGUCCCACGCAUAUGAAGACCAACUAGUUGAACAGUAUUUAAAGGUUCCCCCAGAGGGCGGUUAUGCUUCGGUUGAGGUGUUUAGAGAUGGACAUCAGGUAGGGAAGAAUGUCGAAGUGCUACCAGAUGGUGGACCCGAUACUACACUAGACGAUCCUGCUGAGGACAGCAAACCCUUCUCGAGAGCGGAAACAAUGUAGGAAGUUCUAGAAAACUAGACCACGUGCCGCUAUCUUGUAGAAGGUUCUCGAAAGCGCGCCCUAAAGGGGCGCGCGCGACGAAGUUCUCCAUAUUUAUACGCCAGGCACUAAAUCGCAAUCUGGCUUUUCAUAAAAAGUAUGAAUAUAAUAAAUUAAUAUAGCCCUAAAUUAAUCCCAAAUAGCCCUGGCUUGAGUUUGUCUAACUUUCCUCCCUGACCUACCCUCAACCAAUCAACAAUGGCGGAUUCAACCUUGAGGCCCUUGGCCCCUGUAGAAGCUAUAAAUACGGGCGAGGAUUAACCUUCGAGGACACCGUGGCUAGUCGCCGCUCUUCGGACGAGGAACCCCUGUCGCCUUCUCCGCUGGAUCCCAGUGCUCUCAGCCGCCCCAGGGGACAAUCGCCCCAGAUUCAGUUUAUUUUUGUAAUUACGAUUCCUCCCUUAGUUUCCCGUUUGGCCUCGUUGAGUAUAUACUCGCUCUGGACGGGAACGUUACAUAAUUAACCUACUUACGUUAUUGUACUCGUGGCUGCGUCGACAAGCAAAUGCUUUUAUAAAUAAUUGGGUGGUUUGGGAAAAUCCUACUUUGGGCGUCAUUGGGGUCGAUUUGCUAUAAUGAGUAGUGGCUCGGUAGCUGAUGCAUGUCCGCCGACGGUUUCGAUAUCGAGAAACGGGAAGUGGGAAAGUGUUGAAAGGCGAGCUCCCCUGAGCACUUUUUGGGAGAUCGGGCCAAUUGGGCCACAUACGCCCUUGCCACACCGUGGUCCAACCAUGUGGCCUAACCCGGCCCAAUUAGGCCGGACUGGGCUGGCAGGGUAGGCUGGGUGGGAUUGGGGUCGAUUUGCUACACUUAGUGGUUACACAGUACGAGCGUUAUUAAAAGAUGGGUUUUGUCGAUUGAUGCUCGUGCAUCAUUCUCAUUGAUCCCGCCCAGCAGAAGCUGAGAGGCAGUGGUAGAUCCAGAAUGACAGAUCAAAACAGCCCAUGCCAAUCGAGCUAAAUGAAAUUGGGACAAAGUCGUCACUUUCACCCAUACACACCGCCAUUAACUAAAAGGGUCAGGCAACCAGUCUGGUUUUGCAAAAUGAUGAAGAUUUUGCCCACAGCAAAGUCAAAGGCAAUGCAGACUUACCCAGUAAGUUUUGGGCCCAAUCUAGAAAAUCGCUUAGGAGGGAUGUUCGGAAACAUACCCAUCACAUCAGUCUAGUCGUGAACUCUCAGGUCCCAGACCUGUCGUAAUGACGAACAAUUUCCGUUGGGAUCCAGUCGGUCCAAACAGAUUGGUCCUUGUAGUGCUUCAGGAAGGCCGAGGACUGCAUUCCGCUCAGUGAGUUGCUCGGAAAUCCAGGGAAAUGACUGGAAGGAGAGGAUUCAGAUGAUCACACAAAACCACCAAAUGGAUAUUAGAAGCAUUCGAGAAAAUCUCCAAGGUGGAGCGACUAAUAAAACCCAUAAUUAACAAAAACAUCCUAACCGUCUUCAGAGAGUACGCGCACAAAAAUGGGAUCCGCUGGGAAAUGUUGUCGUUCAAGUGACAAACGUAAUUCGGGUGGGCUGGCAGGAGAAACGUAGGAAGUUGAGAUAAGACCAACUACAGGACUGACAUGUCACAGGCAGAAGUCAAAAGUCAGAGCCAACAUGUCCAGCCCAGGUUAAGAACUUUGUUAAAUUGCACAGCAGUGGAGGUAGUCAUCCCAGCCUACAUGGUCUUUAAUGUCACGCAGGACAGCCUUGAGAAUUUAAGACCCGAAUUAAAAUGGGUACAAAGUGAAAAACGGCGAUAGCUGCGCUUGGAUGCACGCGAUAGGUUCUUCACUACGGGAAUAGUCAAGCCAGUCCACACACACACACACACAAUAUCCUCUUUCUCAGUUUAACCAACCUUACUGAAACUUCUGACAAUCACUGUGUCGUGUGAGAAGAGUGUAUCGGUCAGGGGAAACAUAAAAACGUCGACGCAGUCUGAAAAGCGGCGUAGUCAGGAGUCGCCAGAAGAUGCGAGGCAGCGUUCCAGAAAGCCGUUUGGAGGAACGAGACCCGAUCGUUGGUAUAAGAACCCACCAUCAGCCAGAACAACCGGUAGCGCGCGCAGGAUGGUGUACUACUGUCAUGAUGCAACUUUUACACAGCCGCAACUAUCAGUUUAUGCGGGUGUCAAUGGUGUGUCCGAGCCUGUCAGCCGGCAGAUGAUGGUGAUGAUGGUGGUGGUGAUGAUGAUGAUGAUGAUGAUGAUGAUGAUGAUGAUGAUGAUGAUGAUGAUGAUGAUGAUGAUGAUGAUGAUGAUGAUGAUGAUGAUGGACGCAAUGAUUGGACUUAA